UCGCGAACGGACCGUCUCUGCCAAGCGCCUGUUGGUAGGAACCUGCUUGGUCGCGUCUGAGGGGGCUUGUGGGUGGCUCUGGCUGAAGCAGGCGCCUGGGAGAGUCUGUAGGAGGGAAACAGCCAUGGACGAUCAGGGUUGCCCUCGGUGUAAGACCACCAAAUAUCGGAACCCCUCCUUGAAGCUGAUGGUGAAUGUGUGCGGACACACUCUCUGUGAAAGUUGUGUAGAUCUACUGUUUGUGAGAGGAGCUGGAAACUGCCCUGAGUGUGGUACUCCACUCAGAAAGAGCAACUUCAGGGUACAACUCUUUGAAGAUCCCACUGUUGACAAGGAGGUUGAGAUCAGGAAAAAAGUGCUAAAGAUAUACAAUAAAAGGGAAGAAGAUUUUCCUACUCUAAGAGAAUACAAUGACUUCUUGGAAGAAGUGGAAGAAAUUGUUUUCAACUUGACCAACAAUGUGGAUUUGGACAACACCAAAAAGAAAAUGGAGAUAUACCAGAAGGAAAACAAAGAUGUUAUUCAGAAAAAUAAAUUAAAGCUGACUCGGGAACAGGAAGAACUGGAAGAAGCUUUAGAAGUGGAACGACAGGAAAAUGAACAAAGAAGAUUAUUUAUACAAAAAGAAGAACAACUGCAGCAGAUUCUAAAAAGGAAGAAUAAGCAGGCUUUUUUAGAUGAGCUGGAGAGUUCUGAUCUCCCUGUUGCUCUGCUUUUGGCUCAGCAUAAAGAUAGAUCUACCCAAUUAGAAAUGCAACUUGAGAAACCCAAACCUGUAAAACCAGUGACGUUUUCCACAGGCAUCAAAAUGGGUCAACAUAUUUCACUGGCACCUAUUCACAAGCUUGAAGAAGCUCUGUAUGAAUACCAGCCACUGCAGAUAGAGACAUAUGGACCACAUGUUCCUGAGCUUGAGAUGCUAGGAAGACUUGGGUAUACAUGAAAUGAUACUGACUUCUGCCAGAAACCCCAGGAAUCCUGUUCAGUGAUGUACUUGUAAUGGUCAUGAAAGAAUAAAAACACAGAUGUGGAUUAAGGUAGAAAAGUACAGAAAACAAUAAAUUUUCAUUGUGCUGUUUCAGUGUGGCAGAUUCUUUAAAAUACUUUGACAUGCUACAAUAAAGAGUUUAAGAACAUUAAGAUACUCAAAAAAUAAAAGCCCACAAUUGAAUAACAAAAAUGAACUUUGUUUUAUUUUUUAUUGGCAUUAAUGUAGGUUGCCGUGGUGAAAAUAGUUUGAAAUACUUCACAGUAACAGUUUUGUGCAGCCCUAGAGAUCAAAAACAGCAAAGUAAAUAAGCAGGACUCUUAACGACUCAUACUCACAGACAUGUUUAAUGUAAAUGAUUGCUAGAAGGGAAGGGCAUUUUCUUCAGUGCUAUACAAAGAAAUUUUAAUUGACUUGGUUUUGGCAGUGAGAAUUGUAAAACUUAGCAUUAAUAAGUCAAAUUUAAAAAUGUUUGCUCAUUACUCUGGAUUAUGACUAUGUUCAAGAAAUACUAUUUUCAAACACUAAUCAUUUAGAUAAACUUUUUUACACAUUUAUGGCAUCAAUGAGUAUGACUGUUUAUAACAUUUUACCUAUAAAGCUGAACUGUUUUAUAUACUCUUUAUGGAAACAUGGCCAUAAAUUAAAAGAUGCAACUGUUUUGAAUAUUUUACUGGUGGUCCUCUGUUUUCCUGCCAGCAGUGCAGCUGUUUCAGGUUUCUCAGGAUAACAUAUAAAAAGCUGUAUGCACACUGCAAGUUUAUGCUCAAAUUGCCAAGCCAGAUAUGGUAUGACUCAACUUUCCCAGAAGCAAGCUGUACCAAAAUGUGAUGAAUCAAAACAGUUAGUUGCACAGUGGUUUGUAUUACAGCUAUGAAAACCAAUUCUCAUUUAUGAUGGUUGGCUUUUCAAGGUUGACAAACAUUCUACUGUGGUGCUUGAAUUUUACCGUAAGUGAACAUCUAUUGAAGCUAAGACUAUGCUUUUCUUUUGAGGAUCUGAGGAAAGGAAAGGGUGAUACAUCAUCAUCUGGUGUGCGGAUAAAAAUUAGAUGGAAACUUGUAUCAGGAAUGGAACAUUUCAUUUCCAAGUUACCUGUAAAAAUAUUACUCACCUAUUAUUUGUAUGAUAGUUAUUGAAUUCCCUGUGAAGCCAGGUUAAUUUUUAGACCUUUCUGAGGUAACUUAACAUUUACUUCAUUUCUCAUGCAUCAGAAUCUUAACAGUUGAUAUUUUAUUGUGUCUUGGAAAGUAAUAAGCAGAUAACUUUAUGGCCACGGGGUAGGUGUGGUGAAUCCCUAUUUCAAUCCUAUGCAACCUAAGGUUCUAUCAAAAGUUUAACAACGACUAUUUUUUCUUUUUUUUUUUUUUUUUUUAACAGGGUCUCACUCUGUUGCCCAGGCUGGAGUGCAGUGGUGCGAUCUGCGCUCACUGCAACCUCUGCCUCAUGGACUGAAGCGAUUCUCCUGCCUCCCGAGUAGCUGGAUUACAGGCACCUGCCACCAUGCCUGGCUACUUUUUCUAUUUUUAGUAGAGACAAGGUUUCACCAUGUUGGCUAGGCUGGUCUCAAACUCCUGUCCUCAGGUGAUCCACCUGCCUCGGCUUCCCAGCGUGCUGGGCUCACAGGUGUGUGCCACCACACCCAGACAACAAUGACUAAUUAGUAACAGUAGUCUCUAAAGUGGGAUGUGUCCCAGGAGGGUAUGUAAGAUACAGUAUAUGGAGAAAAUAUUAAAACAUUCAUUCAUUAAUACAUUUAGAGAUGGAGUCUUGCUCUGUCACCCAGGCUGGAGUGCAGUGGCAAAAUCUCGGCUCACUGCAACCUCCACCUCCUGGCUUCAAGUGAUUCUCCUGCCUCAGCCUCCUGGGUAGCUGGGAUUACAGGCAUGUGCCACCAUGCCCAGCCAAGUUUUUGUAUUUUUAGUAGAGAUGGGGUUUUGCCAUCUUGGCCAGGCUGGUCUUGAACUUCUGACUUCAGAUGAUCCGCCCGCCUUGGCCUCCUAAAGUGCUAGGUUACAGGUGUGAGCCAACGCACCCAGCCAGAACUUUUAUUUAAAUAUUUUUAUUUCAUCCUUUUUCUAUUUAUAUUUUUUUACUACACUUACUAUAUUAGUAUCUUAUAUAUAUAAUUAGUAACGUAUAGUACAUUAGUAUUCUACAUAAAACAUAUGUACAUAAAACAUAUCUGAGAUAUGUUUUAUGGCUAUAAAAUACUAUCAAAAAUGUUUUUGUUUUUGUUCAAUAAACAUUAAUUCUUUUCUUUCUUCCGCUUUCCCCUUUCGCCCUUGGCAGAGAAGCAAAGAAUUGAGUUAAAACUUUGAUUUGUGACAAUGUGAAUAAAUUAUAGCUAAUUCCAGGAACUUAGCUGCAUCCUACCUUGACCCAUUUUUUCUAUUGGACUCUUAUAUUGCUCUAUAUGUUUUAGCUACACAGGUUUAUUAAACAUGGAUACAAAUGAAAAACAGACUUGUUAUGUUAGAAGUUAUAAGUUGCCCAUGCAUUAAGAUGUUGACACACAGGAAGUUUGAAUGAAUGAGUGAAAAAGGUUCCAAGUUAUUAAAAUGUUCUGGCACCUGAUUUAUUCAUUUGCCAUACCAGUAAUUCUAAGGUGGGUGAAGCUCCUUUACUUCCUGAAGAAACAAGUUAGUUUCUUAAACUAAGCAUUAAAACAAAGCUGGAAUUAUUUGUUUCCAGAAGUGUUAGUAGUCAUGCUAAGUUGCCCCUCUUUGGCUAGAUUGUCCAGUUUUUUUUAGGCCUGUUUUGUCUAUUUUUGUCAAGAUAGAAAUGUUUAAUUGCUUUAAAAAAACUGUGUGUGGUUGCAGAAAAAAAUUGUACUGUUAUAUUGUUGAGAUCAAUGAGACUUUUCUGUAUUUACUUUUUCAGACAUUAUUUUGAACUCAGGCUCAGUCUCAGAGAUUUCUUCAACAUGUAAUUUUCUAAUGUUUCCUUUCCUGCAAGGAAUGAGACAAUAUAUUCUUGGAAUAUUGAAGUACUUUUGAAGUAACAUACGUUUUCUCCCCUCUUCCAUUUGUUUAGCUGUUGAGGGGUUGCUUUAAAACAAUUUAUGUAGAAAUAUCAGUACCUUAAUAGUAUUGUGAUACUGUGUAUUUCUUAAGCAUAUGCCAGGAAGGAGAGCAUUAGUUAGGUGUCCAAAAAACAGCCAACAAAACAAAUCAGCUCUGAAAAUUGUGAAGCAGUGAAUAUUUUAGAAUUAUUUUUGAAACUUCUUUCAGAACUGUUUUUAGACCCCGUGGUAAUUUGCUAUGUAAUUUAGUACUAGUUUAGGCACUCCAUGUACAGUUGGCAUGUUUCCUUUUGAGAGAUAAUAAUCUAUUUAUAAUAAAAGUCUGAAUAUUUCAAUCUCGGAAUUCCUCUUUAAAACUUGAAUCAGUUUUACUAUUGCUUUUUAAAAUGUUACCAAUUUAUAUUUGCUUUUUAUAUC